AGAAACAAAAUAGUUGUCCAAAAUGUCGUGAGCUGCCAUUUAAAGACUCCAUUGAUCUCUGUGAACCUGAAGACCCGCCAUCUUUUCAUGAUCUGACAAGUCAAGAAAUUAGAGCAAUUUUUAAUUUCAUGUUUGCACAAAGAAGUUUAAAUUUGACAAUGCAGAGUGAGGCAACUUUGUCUUCAAACUACAUUUACACAAUGGAAUUAAUUCUUCCUGAAAAGAAGGACAUUGAAAGUAAUCCUCACAGACAAUUGAAACGAAAAGCAUUAGUCACUGUAUUUCAUGGUGGAAAAGUGAAUCCUGUUGUUGCAGAGUACUGUGUGCAGCUAGCUCCACGACCAGGAUUUUGUGGAAUACCUAGAUAUAUCCCAUUUUCCUUCAGACCAUCCACAAAUCCAGAAACGUCAGCUGCUAUUGAAGUUCUCAUUGAAGAGACUAAUAGGCUAGCAGGGGAUAUUUUGUUUGAGAGUUUUGAGGGUUCAUUAGUGAAUUGUGGAAACAGGUGUCUUGGGUUUGAAAUAGGGGUUCCUUAUGCUGCAAUAACUUCGGGAGUUCGAGAUGAAGGUUUUCGAGGUUUCUGGCUUCCUUUUCUUCAAAGACGACGCCCCAGUACCCUAAAUCCUGUUGAUUUUGUUGUUCUUGUCACGAUGAACGGGACAGCUACACCACAGACUGCAGAUGUCUGGUACAAUGGCCAACUGUUUGAUUCGCUUCAAUCAUUUAGAAAGGCUUGGCAAAGAGGAAUGGUGAAUAAACUUCAUGUGAGUUUCCCCUCUGAUCCACUUCCAUCUCAAGUGUUUCCUCCACAUCCACAAAGACCUCCAACUCAAGUUGAACCAGACGGGAAACGCUACUCAAUCAAAGGCCAGUCAGUUCACUACAUGAACUGGGACUUUCAGUUUGGAGUUUCUCCUACUCAUGGUCCUCAACUUUUCCAAAUAAAAUUCAAAAACGAAAUGAUCGUUUAUCAGUUAGGUCUUUCAGAGAUGACAGUUUUCUAUUCGUCUUCGGGACCUAUUGGUAGAUUUGCCAAUUUCUUUGACAGUGUCGGUUUGAUUGGAAACAGCAUUCAGACAUUAGUUCCAGGCGUUGAUUGCCCAACUCACGCAACUUUUGCUGAUUCAAGGUUUAUGUCGGAAACUUCAGACAUACCAGUUAUAAAAAAUAACUCUAUAUGCGUGUUCGAACACAAUACUGGUAUCCCGCUCAGACGACAUUAUGUAGCAGACGACUAUCCAUCUGGCUAUUACGAAGGUGUACCUAAUACCGUACUUGUUCUCCGAAUGAUAGCCACUCUUGUAAACUAUGACUAUAUUUAUGACUUUAUGUUCUACCACAAUGGUGCAAUGGAAACAAAGGUAACGACAUCAGGUAUUGAUUUGCUGUCCUACGUCCAAAACACCUGCAAAUAUGGCUUCCAGAUAAACAAACAAGCCAUUGGCUUGCUUCAUCAUCAUAUGUUUAAUUUUAAGGUUGAUCUUGACAUCGGAGGCACAAAGAACAGCUACUCCACAUACGAUAUACGUGAAGAAAGGGUUCAAAACCAAUUCCUAAGGGGAAGGUAUCCCGAAAAAUGGUACCAAACUAAAAUAGUUAAAGUAGAUUAUGCCACGGAGAGAGAAGCCGCUUUUAGAUAUAAUUUUAGCCAACCCCGAUAUCAUGUGUUCUACAAUGAAGAAAAUAGAGAUAAAUUUGGGAAUCCUAAAGCCUAUCGACUUUUAUUAAGAGGAAUGUCCAAGAAUCUGUUUAGAGAAGGAGUAGGGAACGAGCCAGGAGCAUCAUGGUUGAGGUAUCAACUGGCAGUCACAAAGAGAAAAGAAACUGAACAAUAUAGUAGCUCUAAAUACGCUACCUUUGAUGGAGAAGACAGGGUGGUAAAUUUUGAAAGUUUUAUAGGAGAUGAACCCAUUCUGCAAGAGGACCUGGUUGCUUGGGUAACCCUAGGUAUCCAACACAUACCACAUACAGAUGAGGUACCUAUUAUGCAAACCGUCGGCGGUGACGUCAGCUUCUUCCUUCUGCCUUUCAACUAUUUUCCUAAAGACCCAAGUUUUGGAAUUCGUGACAGCGUUGGAAUUUAUUACAAUGACCCCAAAGGUCCCCUGAACGUACUCUCAAACAUGGAGGGAGUUGACUGUGUACCGACGCGUACUUACACAGUAGAGGAUCUGGCAGCAGAUCCUGAAGACUUCUUACCUCGACCUACAUGUGAAAAGUGAAUGGACAAACACUCUAAAAAA